AUGGCGGACUUUGACAGGACCGUCCUGGAAUACUACCAGCUCUCAAACCCGUACCCCGUGGAGUGGCCCACCGACAAGAACGAGAGCGACACGUCCGACAAUGAAGAAAAGGAAAGGAAGCAGAAGCUGCAGAGGCGCAAGUCAAGAUACCAGGCCCUCGAGAGGACCCCGACCAACCGGAGCAGUGGGAUCCCAGGUUCGGAGAAGGGCAACUUGGUACAGAGGGACGAGCCUGACCCGCUGGGAACCACAGACAGCGUGGUUAUGACAUUGAAGCGUUAUGGCGUUCCUCUUCAAGAUGACCCCAAGCUUCGAAACCGCUUCCUACUCUCAUCUACUACGUUCUCCCCUGCGCUCUUCCUCUCUCAGAUGCACUCGAAUGCGGACACUCGAGCCUUGUUACAAGGCUUGGAUGUCCUAUCGCAAUCUAUCGACCAGAAGUCUGCCUCGCUCAAAGUCCUCGUGGAGUCAAACUUCGAGCGCUUCGUCCGAGCCAAAGCAACCAUUGACAAUGUCUAUAAGGAGAUGAAAUUCCGGGGGUCGGAACCUGCACCACCCCGAGCAAGGGCACACUCUCGCCAUGCCAGCAGGAAUAGUUUUCGAAGCAGUAGCGGUCCUAUGGGCAUGCCAAGUCCUCUGUCUCCUCAACCGGACCCCAAAAAAAAGAAUGCACUUGUCAAGGAGAGCGAGUAUGGCGUUAUGGGCAUCAAAGUGCCUCUACUUGACGUGUCAGCGAAGGCUGAAGAUGUCUGGGGACCCGCAUUGGGCGGUCGAGAAAAGGAGGAGACCCUCAAGACGGUUUUCUCUACGCUCGACCGGUACAAAGAGUUUGUCGAGACGAGCGCAAACAUAGCGGACAGCAUCAAACGGAAAGACCAUGACAGUGUCGUUGAGGAGUAUGCCCGCGCGAGGAAAUUUGCCGAUGAGGCCCGGAACAUCGCUCAAGAAGUCGGCUCUUCGCAGCCUACCGAAGCACAGUUGUACCAGAUUCUUUUAGCGGCACGAAUGUGGCACGACGUCGACGAGCAGAUCCAAGUUUUCAAGCGAGAGAUAUGGCGGAAACUUAUAUCUCUGCACAACGUCUCAAGAUCAGAUGCGUCAGCAGGGCAGUCACAGGACCAGCAUAUGGAGUUGAUCAGCCUGCUCUUGGAGUUGGGAGUUGAAGAUAAUCCCAUCUGGGUUUGGCUCCUGAGUCGCUAUGACUAUCUGAAGGGCAAGAUCCAAUCCACUGCCGACCGAGCCAAGAUUGAGAUCGAGGUGCUGCGUCGUCGACUUGCUAAUGGCGAGAAGCCCGCUCCUCAGACCAUAGCAUGGCAUUUGAGAUCUCUCGGGCGGCAGGCCAUCGAAAACAAAGCAAGUUCUCUGGAUUCAAGCGAUAUCGUGGAGUUGUGGGAGAAAAUGCUUGGCUUCUUGUCCAACCUUCUCUCUCCCCAGGGCAUCCUGGGCGAGGUGGUCGAGUUUUGGCAGACAGUGCAGGGUUUCAUCGAUGGCAAAACACAGAGGGCGCUUCCGACUGGGUACAACGGCGAAUCUCAAUCCCAUCAUCGUCUAUCGCAACAAGGGACGAUGGAUUUACAGAAGGGCACCGUCGAACUGGUCGAUAUGCUCAGAGAACAUGUGUUUGUCUUCUUUGCAGGACCGCCACCGGAAGAUAUCUCAUUACUCUUCUCGCCGCUACCGCCCUCGCCCAACACACCCAUGUCGGCCUCUGUAUCCGGAGCACUAACCCCCAACGCAACACGAGACCCAAGGUUCAACUUUGACGCAAACAGUGCGCCCCCGCCGUCACCAAAGCGCGGGGAGGCUUGGGAGAAGUUUGCUUUCUGGCCUCCCUAUUCCAACUCUGUGAGCGGCGUGCACUAUUUAGCCAAGAUGCUAGCACUUGUUGGAUCCGGUGCCUCGGAAAUGGCGGCUAUCGGACCUGUGGGUAAAGGUGACCCCUCUGAAAUCGAAAGGUUGAAGACUCUGGUCGGUGCCGCCCGCGAACGGUGCGUGACGGCUCUCUGCGCGGCGUGGAACAAGGAUGCCGAGAACAUCAAGUUUGUCGAAGACUGGCACAGAGCGCCGGAUCGCAAGGAUGUGACCAAGAUGCCUGCUGGCUUUUCGGCGUUCGAAGGCGCCAUCUUGGCCGGCAUGCAAAGAAUUCUGUACAUCUCUGAGGCUAUGUCCAAGCCAGGUGCGGAGGAUAUCGUCCUUCCACCUCCUACCAAGCUAUUGCAGAUGGUCCGCAGCCAGUACGUGACGACACUGUACAAGGCUCUGAGCGGCAUGGUAGAGAACGCAGAGCGGUCGGUAAAGAAAACGGACGAUGAAUGGACAACGGAGACGGAUGGCUAUGUCGCCACUAACGGAUCCGACCGGCAGUCGAGCAUCGACACUGGAUCCUUCGAUGCUGGCGACAGGAACGUGCGGAUGCUACUGACUUUGAGCAAUCUGCAAUGCCUUCGGGCCGAGAUCGUACCCAGCCUCAAUUCGCAGUUUGAGAACGCCUUCUCUGUUAAGCUCACAGAUGAGACCAAAACAAUCCGCGACGUCUUGGGCCAGAUUGACGCCCGCCUGUUCCAGUCCUAUACCCGGCCCUCCAUCGAGACGCUCCGCCGCAUCAUCCGCGCCGGCGUGACGGCGCCCGACUGGGUGCCGCCCGGCGUCGAGAAGCCGCGCGAGGUGAAGCCCUACGUCUACGAGGCCCUCCUGGCCCUGGUCCUCGUGCACACGCAGGUCUCGACGACGGCCUCGUCGCUGACCUCGCAGGUGCUCUCGUACCUGCUCGAGCAGGCCUCGCGCGAGCUGCUCGAGGCCUUCCGCACGCGCGCCAAGUACCACCUCGCGGCGCUCAUGCAGGCGACGCUCGACGUCGAGUUCGUGGCGCAGUGCCUGACGCAGUACACGACCGACAAGGCCGCCGAGCUGCAGAGCCAGAUCUACCAGGAGCUCGACGGGCGGACCGACAACGACGCGCGCGCCAGGCUGCAGGGCGAGCUGCCCGAGAUGCGCAGCGUGCUCAAGCGCCUGCGCGAGGCGAGCAAGAACGAGUUCGCCUGCUUCAAGAAGCCGAAGCGGUCGCAGCAGAGCACCGGCGGGCUGGAGCGGAGGGAGACGGGCUAA